UCAAUUGAAGAAUAAGAAAAUACCUAUUUACUCUGAUCGUUAAAAAAUGAAAUUUAAAAAUUGAAUUACAGUGGCCAUUGUUAAUUGUUAAUUAAUCAUAAUCAUUAUGGCUACUACUACUGCAACAACAACAACAACACCAACAAAAUUGAUGGACAAAGAUGAACAAUUACAAUUGUGUAUACAAAGAUUCGUUUCGGAUACACAAUCAAUGAUUAAUCAAUUUAGUGAGCUAUUUAUUGGUGAAUUACGACGUUUUGCUGAUGUUUGUAUGGAAUUUUCUGUUUCAUAUCGUACCGUACAAGAAGAUCGACAAUUUUUAUCAGCUGAAAAUAAAUCCUUAAAAGAUGAACUUGAUGCUCGUACUGCUGAAGUUGAUUUUCUUGGUAAAGAAUUACGUGAAAUUCGUGAAGAAAAUGAUGAAUUAAUACGUAAAAUUGGUUGUUUGAAUAUUAAUUCGGAUGGUGAAAUAUCGAUGAUGAUUAAUCAUGAUCGACCAAGAGAUUAUGCUGUGGUCAAUUCGAUGCCUGCAUUUCCACGACGAUAUUCCGGUGCCAUUGGUUAUGAACCACCAGCAUCAUCUGCUGGUAGCUAUCAUCAUCAUCAUCGAGAAGAAAUUCCAAUUGAAGAAAAUGCCGAAUUCAAUCUGAGUAUCGAAUCAUCAUUACCAUCAAUGAAAAAUUCAAAAAAUCAAUUAAUGCUUUUAACACCACCGAUUGCUUUCAAAUCAAAUAUCACCAAUAAUAAUAAUAAUAAUAUAGAUAGCUCCAAUAUUAAGACAGCUAAAUUAUCACCUUCUCCAACACAAAGUAGUGAUAAUCAUUCAUCAAAUAAUAAUCAUACAACGAUACGUUCACAUUCACGUGAUGACAUAUCAACAAUUUAUGCUCAUUUAUUGAAUAAUGAUACUAGCGAUUCAGGUAGCAAUCAAUUGCUUGGUUUGAAUAGUGGCUCAUCAAGGAAUUCAGAUCGAUCACCAUCAUUUGAUGAAAUACACGGAAUCGAUGGUAGUAAUGCAAAAACAAUUCAAAUGGUUUAUAAUCAAACAAAUGGAUUAAAAGAACAACGAAUAUUAUCAACAGCAGUUAGCUCAUCAGCCGGUACAUUCUACGAUUGUAGCAAUCAAAUUAGACAACUGUAUGGAAGGCCAACAACAACAGAAACAAUUCCGGAUCAAUCUUCAUCGAUCAAUACGGCUGCUAAUAAUAAUGGACAAUGUACAGUGAUUGAUGUUGAAUUGAAAAAACAUAAUCCAACAGAAAUAAUCGUUCCUGAUGGUCAUCAUUAUCAAUUAUCAACAAUUGAUCCGAUGUAUACAUUUAUAGCUAAAACACCAUCACCAAAUCAUUGUGAUUAUGGCCAACAUUUGGAUAAAUAUCUCUGUGAUAAUGAUGUUAAUAAUGAUAAAGAAUCUGGUGAUAUUGAUGAAUUUUUGCUCAAUGCUCCUCCUGUUCAACGAUAUAAUUCGAAAAAAUUAUCAAAAAAACGUAAAAGUCGUCGUCGAGUUGAAGCUGAAACCAAGCGUGAUGAUGAUGAUGAUGAACAACAUUUAAUACAACAACAACAACAACAAAUUUCGAUAAUGAUACCAUUGAAAUCGAUCGAUUCUGUAUCAAUAAUUCCAUCACCGAAAAUUGAUCUUAAUCGUUAUCUAUUGGUAGAAAUUUGUCACAUUAUUUCACCAUCACAUUUUUAUCUGAUAAUUAAUGAUGAAAAAAUCGGCACGAAUGCAUUCGAAGAUUUUCUUGAAAGUUUUCAAAAUUUUUAUAAAUCAAUCGAAACAAUCGAACAAGAUGGCGGUUUAAAUGCUGAUGAUGAUAUUGAUGAUGAUGAACGUCAAUUACGAUUGUCAGUUUGUAUGCCACCAUCAAAUCAAUCAUUGACCAUUGGUUCAUAUUGGGCAUGCUAUAUUGAUGAUGAAUUAGAUUGGCGUCGUGUACAGAUUAUUGAUCGAUCUAAUCUUGAUGAACAUUAUAAUUCCGAAAAUGAUGAUCAUCAUGAUGAUUAUGUUCUGGUUAAAGAUAUUGAUUCAGGUUAUUCAAGCCUAGUACAUGUACAAAUGAUUCGUUCAUUAACUAAUGAAAUGGCAAAAGUACCGGCAUUUGCAGUACGUUCAUCAUUAGCAUUCAUUUAUCCACAUCAUCAUAAUCAUCAUCAGCAACAAUCUUCUCAUGGAACUAGUCAAUACUAUGAUCAAUGGCCAAUGGAAUGUUGUCAAUUUUUUGAAGAUAUGACCUAUGAUCAAAUAUUGACAGCAUCGGUUUUGCAAAUAAAUAAUCAAUCAUCACUGGAAACAAAUGCAAAUCUGAAUGAUGAAAUUGCUCAUGUAUUACUUUGGUGUACAUCAGCUGAUGAUUAUGAAAUUUUUAUUAAUCGUAAAUUAAUUGAAUUAAAUUAUGCAAGCAAUGUAGCCGAAGAUGAUUCAUGGAUGGAACAAUUUAAUGAAGUUCUUAACAACAAUAAUACAUCAUCGACUAUAGAAGAACCAAAUAUUGAAACAUGUUUUAAUAUUCAGCUUGCAAAAACAAUAACAAAUGAAACGGCUACAACAAUUGUAGCUAAUGUUUUACCAUCUACAUUCCAAACAAUAGAAAAUAAUGAUAAUGUUCAACCUGAAUCGAAUGGAUCAAUGGAUCCAAACAAUGAAAAUGCUUGCUGUCCCAUAGUCAAUAAUGAAUCAAUUAAUAGUAAAAAAAUUAAGAUCAAAACUAGGAGUAAAAAAAAGAAAGGUACAUUAAACGAAAUCAAAGACGUGAACAACGAAUGUCUCGAUUCUUGCAUCAAUCAACAACCAGUAGUACCGAUACAGAUGAUUGGCGACGAAGAUUGCAACGGCCACGAACCUUUGAUGAAUAUUAUCACCAACAACAAUACGACGAUGAAAACAAUCGAAACCGAAACAAAUCAAUCACUAAGCAAAACAAUGACAGUGAACAACGAAAAGAUGAUAAAAAAGUCCAUUUGUUCAUCUUCAGACAGCCCUAGCCAAAACAACAUCAAACAUCAACAAAAACUACAUACAUUACCACCACCAUCACCAACAUCAUCAUUAUCUCCAUCAUCAUCACCUCAAUCACCAAAUAGUUUAUUGCAACUAUCCAUUGAACCUAAAAUUCAGAUUAGUUUAGCCACCCAUCACCAUCACCAUCACCACCACCAACACCAUUCAUCCUCAAUUUCGAAUGAUAAAAUCAUAAGCCAGGAACAAAAUGAAAUCGAUUAUCUAUUGAAACAAUCGAUUGAUGAUUGUGAUGAACUAAAUUCAUCAACAUUAUUAUUUGAUUAUUAUUGUCGUUUAUUACAUCAUGAUUCAAGAUUAUCAAAUUGGAUUUUACAAAAACAUUCACGACAUGUUACAUUGAAAAAAACAUUUAUGCCCGAUAAAAUAAGCUAUUUAUUGGUUAUAAGUUGUUAUUUUGAACCAAAUAAAUUCAUUGGAAUAUUACCAUUUGGUGAACGUAAAAUUGAUAAUGAACAAUUAUGUCAAUUCAUAAGAAAUAUUGAUGAAUCUAAUACACCAUUCCGUCAAUUUGUUAAUGAUAUGACUGAAUUCUAUUCGAAAGAAUCAUCAUCAUCAUUAAGACUUUUACCCGAACAAUGUAUAUUUGAACAGAAUAAUACAAGCAGUACAAUUGUUUUUUAUGAUCAACAAUCAGGUCUGUUUCUUCGUGGUCAUAUUGUUGGUCGAGAUAUGAUGAACGAAUCACAAACUAAUAAUAAUGAAUAUGAACAACAAUUACAUCCAGAAUCAAUGACACAAUCAAAAAGUGCAAAAGAUUUACCACUAAAAGUAUCCAACAAUGAUAAUGAUAAUGAUGAUAAUCGAUUAUUGAAAAAGAAAAAAACAUUAUCAUUAAAACGUCGAUCAUUACAUGAUUAUACUACACUUUAUAUUAUUUAUGCAAUCGAUGCAGGCCGAUAUUAUCAAAUACCAUUGAAACAUAUCUAUCAUUUGGAUGAUCGUUUUAAAAUAACAAAACCAUUUGCUAUUGUAUGUAAAUUACAUGGUUAUCCAAAUAAUAAAAGCAAAUUAUCGAAAAUAAGAUCAAUAAUAAUGGAAAAGAAAAUUUUCGGUAUUCGUUUUAUUGAUAUUGAUUUCAGUAGCGAACGUUUUGCCGUUGAAUUAUUUACACUUGAUCUGAAAGAUGAAGAAUUCAAUAUUAAAAUCAAUAAUCGAUCAUCAACAUCAUGGCGAUUUUCAUCACCAUUGAUUAGCAAAAAUUUGAUUCAUCUUCUUUAAUCUUUUUUGUUAAUAUUUUACAUUGUUGUUUAUAAUAAAGGAUUUUUUUUCUCAUAUGAAAACUCAAAAUCUAA